AUGUCUAGAUUCCUUGGAGGUUUGAAUCGAGAAAUUGCUCAUCUUGUUGACAGAAAUCCACCACCAUAUCUGGAAGACAUGUAUCAUUAUGCUCUCAAAAUUGAAGACCAAUUGAAGGAAGAAAAAGAGCAUUCAAAAAGGUACACAUCACGAACUAACACCUUUUCAAAUUCUAACACUUGGAACAAGGAUAGUUUUGUGAAUAGAAAUGAAUCAAUGUCACCAAAAGAAAAGUUUGUGGCUGCUAAAAGAGUGGAGGCUGAGAGUUCCAUUGGUAAAAAGAAUGAAGCUUCAAAGACGGUAAAGGAGAAGUCUAGUUCUAUUCAAUGUUGGAAGUGCAAAGGGUUUGGACACAUGAGCAAAGAGUGUGUUAAUAAAAAAGUUAUGGUGAUAAGGAAUGGUAUACUUGAUUCAGAUGAUGAAUGUGAGGAUCAUGACUCACAGCUUGUGGAAGAAAUCGCAGCAUAUGAUGAUGAGUAUGUUGAAGAAGUGAAAACCAAGAGAGAAAAAAAAAAUGAUUUUGAAGAAAAGAGAGAAAAUGUGAGUUUGGUUAUAAGAAUGGGAAAAAUGAGGAAUAUGUUAGCCCAAGAACCAAAAUUUGUACUUAUGUGCAAAGGAAUGUGUUUAGCAAUGGAACCAAAAACUGAUGAUGCUUUGCCAAGUGCUUUUAAGUCUCUUUUGCAGGAAUUCAAUGACAUAUUUCCACAUGAAGAUGCAUGUACGGGGUUACCCCCUCUAAGAGGGAUUGAACACCAAAUUGACUUCGUACCUGGGGCAACUCUUCCAAAUAUGGCUGCCUAUAGGACCAAUCCCACCGAGACUAAGGAGAUUCAGAGACAAGUGGAAGAACUCAUGGAUAAAGGAUAUGUUAGAGAAAGCAUGAGUCCUUGUUCAGUUCCUGUGAUUUUGGUACCCAAGAAAGAUGGCACGUGGAGGAUGUGUGUUGAUUGUCGAGCCAUCAACAAGAUCACGGUAAAGUAUCGACACCCUAUUCCUAGAUUGGAUGACAUGUUGGAUGAAUUAUAUGGUGCUAAUCUGUUUUCAAAAAUAGAUCUUAAAAGUGGUUAUCAUCAAAUUCGAAUGAAUGUGGGAGAUGAGUGGAAAACGGCUUUCAAAACAAAGUUUGGGCUUUAUGAGUGGCUC